AGUCGUAAAAUCCCAGCGAUCGCAAUUUUAUUGCAUUAGAAAAUAAAAAAAGAUGAAAAUUGGUCGACUGAAAGAAGCCUUAUCGUUGCUGAAGACUAGGCAGAAAAGUGUGGCAGAGUUGUAUGCCGAAUGUUUGUCACGAGCUAAACACUAUGAAAUCCUAAACUUUCUUACAACUGCCACAUUUGAUGACUUUGAGGGUCAAAGGGAAAAUUCAGAGAAGCUGUUCAAAUCAGGCGAUCAUGUUAGGACUCUCGAGGGCAUUCCAGUUGCUGUUAAAGACAACUUCUGCACAACAGGGGUUAAAACAUCAUGUUCCUCACACAUGCUCAACAAUUUCUAUCCUCCCUACAAUGCAACUGUUGUACAGAAAUUCAUUGACAAUGGUGCAUAUGUGAUGGGCAAAACUAAUAUGGACGAGUUUGCAAUGGGCUCUGGGACUGUGGACAGUAUACAUGGACCAGUCCGCAAUCCAUGGACAUUUAAUCUCCCAGAUGUUAGUGACAUCACAGAAAUAAAGGAAUCUGAUUGGUUAAUAGCUGGAGGUAGCUCAGGGGGAAGUGCAGUUGCUGUAGCAACUGGAUCCUGUUACGCUGCUAUGGGGUCGGACACAGGAGGAUCUACAAGGAACCCAGCAGCCUACUGUGGCAUUGUGGGCCUCAAACCAACAUAUGGUCUCGUCUCCCGACAUGGCCUUAUCCCCCUAGUGAACUCCCUCGAUGUGCCAGGCAUUAUGACGCGUAGUGCAGAGGAUGCUGCAGCUGUUUUAAAUGUUUUAGCUGGACAUGAUAUACUUGACUCCACCACACUUCAAACCCCCCAUAAUCAUAUAGAACUAGAUGCUGAACCAAAUGUAGCGGAUCUCCACAUAGGCAUUCCUAAGGAAUACCAUGCUCCUGGUCUUUCUGCAGAGAUGCUAGCACAAUGGGACAAAGUGAUCGAGAUGUUUGAAAAAGCUGGUGCCAAAAUAUCCUCUGUCUCCCUACCCCAUAGCCAGUAUUCCAUAGUUUGCUAUACUGUAUUAUGUGCGGCUGAGGUGGCAUCGAAUAUGGCCAGAUAUGAUGGUUUAGAAUAUGGAAAACGUGCUACUGAAGCGGAGAAGUCUACAGAGAUGUUAUACGCCACAUCACGCCAUCAAGGAUUAAAUGAAGUAGUCCGUGGACGAAUAUUGGCUGGGAACUACUUUCUUUUACGAAGAAAUUAUGACCAAUACUUUAUGCAAGCCCAGAGAGUAAGACGACUGAUAACAGAGGACUUUAACAAUGUAUACUCACAAGGAAUUGACCUCCUUCUUACUCCAACAACACUGACAGAUGCACCUUCAUUUGGGGAAUUUACGAGUGAGGAUAACAUGACGCAGAGUCAACAGCAAGAUGUCUUCACACAACCAGUUAAUUUAGCAGGUCUACCAGCAGUGACUGUCCCAGUUGGACUUUCCCCAAGAGGGCUUCCACUAGGUCUACAGUUCAUCGGAAAAUUGAAGGCAGAAAGGACAAUACUUAACGCUGCUAAAUGGCUUGAAGCACAAGUGGACUUUCCUUAUUUCAAGUGGGAAAAGAAAAGUUGACAAGUCCUUAGUUACUAACUCUUUUGUAUGAAAUCUGAUAUUGUUUUGGCAUUUUCCUAUGUACGAUCAUUUGAUAAAAAGUGAUAGUGAAAUUGUAAUU